AUGUAUCCAGACUGGAAAGAAGUCAAGCAACGAUCGAUGCGAGGUCGUCUACAAAGCCUCAGACUUCGCCUUAUCGAUAUUGCGAACAACUUGGACAAUCUUACGGCAGAACAGCUUGGCAUUCAUUGCGGUGCCAUCACGGAAGACCUAAAAAGCUUGUCCUAUGAUUGUAUUGUAGAAAGCAGGGAUCGACUUGACGAAUUCCAGUUCUACUGGCGAGUUAGCGAAAUCGAGGUUUUGAUAAAGUUUUGUGUUGACGAGGAGCUCAAAAAGAUUGAUGAACGAACAGAGAAUCGAAAGCCUAAGAUGACGAGAGAAAAGCGCAGGGAGAUGAUGGCGGAUCUCAAAUUUGAUAUUCCUUUCACUGAACUGUGCUUCGUUCCAUUUGAUGCGUAUGACUUCUUCAUGAGUCUGGGACAGGCAUUUAAGGACCUCAUUGUCGAUGAGCUGAGGGCUCGUGCUCAAGAUGAUCCUACGGCUGACCUUCAGUCUAUCAAGAAAGAGCCAGGUAUCGAGGAAGAACAGUCUGUCAAGCAGGAGGAGCUUAUCAAGGAAGAAGGUGUCAGCGAGCUACCUCGUUCCGAACUACAUCGACCUGGAGAGUUCAUCCCUAACGAUGUGCUUAAGCAGAGGUUCAGAGAUCUGGCGGCCAACUUUGAUGAUCCCAGCAGUCGCUGGGCAAAGCAACAACUCGAUGCGUAUCAGAGAUAUCUCAAGUUACCAGUCACAGACAAAGUGGCAUCGGGUAUCGUGGAGGAAUACGGCGAUUGUGUAUCAAUGAAGAUGCCGUGUCCGCCAGGGAUGAGCUGUCUUCUCCUGGCCCGUUCAGGAGACUGGUGGUUCCCCCAUCCAGUGGACCCCUCUGCUAAGAAGUCUGGUUCUUGGGGCGACGUUCCUAACCUGGAGGUACUCACCAUGACUCGCGAACAGCUGCGAGAAGAUCAUGAGUUUGGGGGCGAUGCCUUUAAAAAGGAGGUGCCUGAAAUCGAACCUCGUCUCGAGAAGUUGGACAUUGACUUUAAUAAAGUUGUUACUUCUCAGUAUGGGUUUGUCGUUGCUUGGAGGUACGUGGGAGGCGAUGAAUGGUUUGACCGUUAUGGUCAUGUUGUUCCGGAGCUUGUCGUUGAUCAGUCCAUUAUUCACCACGGUCGACGAUGGAGUGAGGCUAGGAAAGAAGAUGUGCUUUCGGGUUCAGAUUGA